AUGCCUUUUAGCAUCAACUCCUUCCCCUCCCUAGUCUCCACUGGAAACACUGUGGAAAGUUCAGAAGACUCCGACACCUACAUUCCGCCUCCAACCAGAGAUCAGAACAUUGAGCGAUCCCGAAAUAAUUUCAAACUUCUCUGCAUCAUCGUUUUCGCCGGACUUUCUCUCUGGAUCAUCUUUGUCAGUGUCUUCGAUCCAUUCAAGACCAAGGGUGACGUCAGCGUUCCGAAGUUCCAUCGGAGAAUGCCUCCUUAA